AUGGACUACCGCUCAAACAACACUCUCCCCUCCCUAGGUGUCGACUCUCCCCAUAUUCCUGGCGGGUUCUGCGGGAAUAGCCAUGGGAACUCUGACAUGGGCUGGCAAGGUCGCCCGGGCCAACUGGUUUUAUCAGCUCGUGUGUUUCAGAAUUCUGCUAUCUCCUCCCCGCAGCAGCUAUCCCAAGACGUGUUCCCUGAGGUUCAGGAUGAGAUGUGGCCUGUCUGGGAUCUGAGUCUAAGCAUCGUUGUCGUGGACGAGGAAAACUUGCUGACAGCGGAGACUCACAAGAGGACCUCCGAUUCCACUACGGUUGCUAAACCACUGUCUCGAAUAUCCGAGAUCCCGCAUAUAAGUCCAGGGAGUCUCCCUAAAUACCUUCCCGACAUCCCGCAAACGGAUGAAGAUACAGCCCAGAUUACCGUUCACGAUUUCUUGACCCGCAAUGCGGGCGUGGAUGUCAGCGAUGCACAGUCUCACAAGAAACCAAAGCUCCGAUCCUACUUGGCCAGGAAAAGAAGAACGAUUCUAUCCUCGCCGAGCAGCUACGCUGCUGCAGCCAACAACGCUGGCCCAUCCCACUUCGAAGCAGCUUUUGAAAUCUGGGAUUUCCCGGACGCGCGGGACGCAAGCAGCGAAGAGAACACCGGAAUCAAGCUUAACUUGGAAACUUCGUCGAGUCCUUCCACAAAGGAGCGGAGACCUCGACUUCGAGCACGUCCUGCCCGGAGACUUGUCAUUUCGGACGAAGAUGACUCGGAACAAGAGGGGUCUUCUUCGAGCGAAUCAGCAACCGCGUCCGAGUACCAUCCAGGAUCCUCCAGUCCUCCCAAUGGUGCAAACGCAAAGAAAGAAAAAGAGAGUAAGAAGGCGUCUCGGAAGAAGCUCUUGACCAAGUCGUUGGGCACGCGGUUGUUUGAAGCAUCAGUGUCAACUUAUGGACGACCCCAGGAUAACCUGGUUCUUCGAUCGCCGCGCAAUAAACGAGGAACAGAAGACAAUGUCGCUCCAACACGCAGACCCCUCGAUUUCGUCCCACUCAGCCAUGACAGGUCGGACCAAGACGGCAGCAGUCGCACCCUCGAUCGAAGGGCAACCUUGGUCGACCCUCGCAAAGCUGCCCCGUUUUCGAGAGCUUCGUUUUGUUCGACUUCGCAGUUGGCACUAGCAGCAGCCCGCACUCAGCCCCGAUGUGGUUCCGAGGAAAGGGAGAAGGAAUUCGGAAGGAUAACGAAUUGGAAGUCCCGCGUUGUGGUAGCAGCUGCAUCUCUGGACCAUCCCAAUUCUGGUGAUUUUAGUCAAGCCAAGGAAGAGAGAAUAGAGAUAGGACAAAAGCGUGGAGUUGGAGGAGCGAGUGGGAGCGGACAAGGUAAGCUAGGGAAGGCAAGCAAGAUGCAUACAAGUGCUUUGGUCUACCCUCCUUUGGAAUUCGUGCCUCUUACUGUCGACAAUAACGCCACUCGUCACGACAAGAAGAGGAGAAAGCAAGAAUGA